AUGAGUGUAUGUGUGGAUAUGAGGAGCUCCGGCUGGGUGUUUCCCACCGCCCUGCUCUCUCUGUACGGAUUCCUGGCGAACUGCAGACCGGCCGAGCCGUUCCUCACACCGUACCUAGUGGGGCCCAAAAACAUCUCUCAGCACACUGUGACCAACUACCUGUUUCCCAUAUGGACGUACUCUUAUCUAUCCAUGCUGCCUGUGGUCUUCCUCCUGACUGACCUGCUGCGCUACAAGCCCAUGAUCGUUCUGCAGGGGCUGUUCCUGGUCAGCAAUUAUUUACUGCUCUGCUUUGCGUCCAGCCUACCUGCUAUAACCUUCCUGCAGUUCAACUUUGGUGUGGUCACGUCCACUGAGGUGGCAUACUUCUCUUACAUCUACAGUGCAAUACCACCUGAACACUACCAGCGGGCCACCGGGUUCGUCCGAAGCGCCAUGCUUACCGGCUUUACCUUUGGGGCCACACUGGGUCAGCUGCUUAUUUCAUUAGCAGGUGUUAGCUACUUUACAGUCAACGCUAUCACAUUAGGGCUAAUGGGGGCGGCCUUUAUUGUGUCCUUUAACCUGCCCAUGCCUGGACGUGGGGUGUUUUUCGGCUCUGAGGUCGGGGAAGCUGCAGAUCAGCUGGAGGAAAAGCCACAAGACACUGACCCUGGGGUCACUGUGGGUCAGACAGUGAAGGCAAAGGCUCGAUGGUGCAGCAGGGGCAAUCUAGGGCGUGCAGGCAGACGAAUGUGGGCAAAUAUCAAAGAGUCAUACAGCUCCAAAAGGCUGGUGUACUGGUCGAUUUGGUGGGCUUUGGCCACAGCUAACUAUGGGCAGGUCUUUAAUUAUGUCCAGCUGAUGUGGGACCAUAUUGAGCCAUCCAGCACGUCUUCUGUUUACAAUGGAGGAGUGGAGGCAGUGUGUACACUUGUUGGUGCUGCAGCAGCGUUCUCUGUGGGCUACAUGAAGGUGCGAUGGGAGGUCUGGGGGGAAUUUUCUCUGGGUGUUUUCUCCGCUGUGGGUGCGGUGUGUGUGUUCCUCAUCGGCCUCACCAACAACAUCUGGGUGUCUUACAGUGGUUACGUCAUCUUUAAAGCAUCUUACAUGUUCCUCAUCACCAUCACCACUUUCCAGAUAGCUGCUAACCUCUCUAUGGAGUGCUACGCUUUGACCUUCGGCAUAAAUACGUUUGUUGCCCUCGCUCUCCAGACAGUGCUCACAGCUGUUGUAGUAGACGAUACUGCUCUGGGACUGGACAUUGUCACUCAGUUCAUUAUUUACGGCUGCUGUUACGGAGCGAUCUCAGUGCUGUUCCUUCUGAGGGGCCUUUAUACAGCCUGCGCACACUACUGCAGCUCCAGAUCAUCACACACCACCCAGCAGAUACAGAUCACACACACAGAAGGGACAGACUCCCUGUCAACACAAAUGUGACAUGCUGAUGAAAGACUCUAUAUGAUAUCUAUACUUCUAGACUCAGAUUUUUCCUGCAACAACAUACUAUUUCAUUUGAUCAAAAUAAUAACUCAAAAAGACGACAUAGUUUCUCAUAAUUUUUUUUUGUUCAAUUACAACAUACUAUGUCAUUUUAACGACAUAACAACUCAUAAAAACAAGAUUCUGGUUAUAAAGACAUGUUGAAGAUUAUGUUUUAUCAUACUUGGCAGCAAUACACUUACGUACGUUAACACGAAAAUUGUUUUUGUGACUUCACUUUAAGCAUACUUGAAUUUUUUCACAUUGACUGACCUUUAUUUCUUAAAGUAUAUUUUUUACUUCAUUUGUUUUCCUUAAAGGCCCUGGAUUUUGGACCUGAACAGAUAAAUGGCAAAAAUAAAGGUAAAAAUGUAGGUGUUUUCUAAAACUUUUUACCGGUGGUGUAUAUAAUUAUUAUUAUUAUUUUUAUUAUUAUUAAUAUUAUUAUUAUUAUUAUUAUUAUUAUUAUUAUUAGUAGUAGUAGUAGUAGUAGUAGUAGUAUUUGUCUACAGAUACCGUUUAAAACACUCAGAAUGUGUGUUAUAAAGCAGUGGCGCUUUCUCCGCUUCUUUCAACCUUUAUUUUAUUUUUUAAAAACAAACAGUCUGCUUUAUUUUGUCUUCCACCCGUAUUCCGGCACGUUAACCCGACGUAGCGAAUGUGACGUCACCAACUGGAAGCGCCGCGGUGAUCUCUGGGAGUUGGUGUCCUGCUCUGUAAUCGCGAACGUUUUGUUCUUUGUAUUUUUAAUAUGAAUUAUUGUUUGUGAAAUAAAGGUUUAAUAGCUGUU